AUGGAAGGGAGGAAUCAUAUGUUGAAGACUUCCGCGGUUUUGUUGAUCUUCCUUUUCACGUCGAAGGCGGUGUGUUCUCCAGAGCUGGCCGGAGACUGUCGGGCGUCUUUUGUGGAUGCUUCAUUACUGAAUACACAGGUGAUAGCGGUCAGAAACGAACGAUGUCUCCUCGGAAUCUCCCUUGGCGAAAGAUUCUGGCGGCGGGGUCGAUGGGAUGGUGAUACUGCAGGUCAUCUUGAGCCAUCCAACAGAGGGAUCGACUGUCGGUAUGUGAAUUCCGCACAUUCCGUCCGGUUGGCUCGGAGUCGCCAAUACUCCAAGACAUACAAGGACUCGAAGCGGGCUUAUUGCGACAUUUGUCGCAACUACAGUUGUCGGAUAUCUCAACGAGCUUGA